AUGGCACCAUCAAAAAGUUCAUUCUUUCUUAGAGAAGUUGGUUAUCUACCCUCUAGCUUCUAUCGGUGGUAUAAUUUGUUUUGUCAAUAUUCAUCAUACCCGUUUUUCGUGGGUAACCCGCUUACUCAGACAUUCAAGGAGCUUCCAGCUUGUUCAAGCAUGGAUUGGUCUCAAGUAGCCGUUGGAAUGUGGAUGAAUGGAAAAUACACAAUCGAGGGCUAUAAGAUCCUCUUCUUAGGUUGCAAUGGCCAGUACAUAAUUUUUGACUCCAACAAGAAUAAAUGGUAUGAAUCAAAAGUUAUUCCAACGAGCAUAAGGUUGCCGUAUAUUUUGAACUUGCGCUCGCAGGCUAUCUCCGUGGAUGGUUGUCUUUACUUUAUGUCUUCAUAUCCAAACGGUAUGGUCUGCUACAAUACGUUGUUUGGAAUUUGGAAUCAUUUCUUAGUCCCGAUUCUACAUGAUAUGAUUUCUGGCCGAUUUCUAGUAGAAUGUGGGGGACGAAUCAUGUUCGUUUGUGUGAUGAUAAAAUCGCGUGUUUCUAUUUGCAUUUGGGAGUUUGAAAAAACAACAUUAUUAUGGAAGUACUUUGACAAAAUGCCACGUGAGUUGUGCAUGAAAUUGUACAAGAAGGGCGCAAAUAUGAUUUGUGUAGGUAAUAAAGAUAUGAUCUUUUUGUGCUUUAGUUCUGAAAAAUUGUUCAUGUUAGUAACAUAUGAUGUUGUGAAGAAAGAAUGGUUUAAAGCUCCAAGAUCUUUACUUCCCCGAGGAAUGGCAUAUCAAAGGUUUCGACAUAAAAUCGCAUUUUAUCCCUGCAUUACUGGAACACCUUAG